AUUCUUUUAGAAUAGGCGAGGCAGGCGACAGUUCUUUCUCAGCUAGGAGCCUAGGACUUAGGAGAGGCAACAGAUUGCUUUCGUUGUUGGGUCCCAACGGCCAACACAGAGACUAGAAAGAGAGGAGCUCAAAUUUCAAAUGGCAACGCAGCCACAGCCAUGGGAUUGUCCCCCAAGAACACAGCUCGUACGCCCUCCUAUCUCCUCCCUGGCGUCUCUGCGUUGGCUGCGUUUUCCAUCACCGCCCUCCUCCUUUACAAGGUUGACGACUUUGCUUCCCAAACCAAGACCGUCGCAGGUCACAACUUAGACCCGACGCCGUGGCACCUGUUCCCAGCCAAGACCUUCGGCGAACAAACUCGGCAAGCCCGUGGUUACAAAAUCAUACAUUGCUCUUACCUUGCUUGUCACUCGGGCACCAGCACCAUCCCCGAACAGCCCCGAGCUCAUCCCUCUAAACCGAGCGAGAAAUGCCCGGAUUUCUUCCGGUGGAUACACCACGACCUCAAACCCUGGGCUCGGACCGGGAUUUCGAUAUCCCAUUUGGCGGAAGCCCAGAAAUUCGCGGCUUUCCGAGUCGUGAUCAUUGCUGGGAAGCUGUACGUGGAUUUGUAUUAUACGUGCGUGCAGAGCCGAAUGAUGUUUACUAUAUGGGGGUUGUUGCAGCUUCUCAAGAGGUAUCCUGGGAAGGUACCUGAUGUGGAUAUGAUGUUUGAUUGCAUGGAUAGGCCUCGUAUCAACAUGACCGAGCACAAGUCUAUGCCAUUGCCGCUGUUUCGUUAUUGCACCACUGAGGAUCACUUCGAUAUCCCGUUUCCUGAUUGGUCUUUCUGGGGUUGGCCGGAGACAAAUUUAAGGGCCUGGGAUGAAGAGUUCCGGGACAUUAAACGGGGUUCUCAACGUAUUAGUUGGUCAAAGAAGUGGCCCCGAGCAUAUUGGAAAGGAAAUCCGGAUGUUCAGUCCCCUGUUCGUAUAGAAUUACUGAAAUGCAAUCACUCCAGGAUGUGGGAAGCGCAAAUCAUGCGUCAGGAUUGGGCAGAAGAAGCAAGAAUUGGGUACGAGCAAUCUAAACUUUCAAAUCAGUGCAAUUACCAGUAUAAAAUUUAUGCCGAAGGCUAUGCUUGGUCCGUGAGCUUGAAGUAUAUUCUAUCAUGUGGUUCUCUAGCAUUAAUAAUAUCCCCAGAUUAUGAAGAUUUCUUCAGUCGUGGUCUCAUUCCAAAGAAAAACUAUUGGCCUGUCUCACCUAACAAUUUAUGCCCCUCUAUAAAGUAUGCUGUUGAUUGGGGUACUAAACACCCAUCUGAGGCUAAGGAAAUAGGAAAAGAAGGGCAGAAGUUAAUGGAAACCUUGAGUAUGGAUAGGGUCUAUGAUUACAUGUUUCACCUCAUCACAGAGUACUCGAAGUUGCAGGACUUCAAGCCAGUCCCACCAUAUUCUGCCCAAGAACUGUGUCCAGAGUCCCUGCUUUGCAUUGCCGAUAUCAAGCAGAGGCAAUUCCUGGAACAAUCAACUACCUUCCCUUCACAAGCACCACCAUGCACCCUCCAGCCUUCCAAUAGUAAUCUCAUCAAGAGCUGGAUUCAACGGAAAAAGAAAUUCGUGGAGGAUGUGGAAAAUAUGGAGAAGAUGAAAACAGAGGGACGUUCGAACAAGGAUGCCUGGCUUUAGCUAGGAAGCAAGAUCAAAUUUUGUAGUUUUAAUAGUCUCUUGUAGGUUGCCUUUUACCAGGACUUUUAUAUACAUAUGGUAUCACUUUGCUCAA